ACCGCGACGCCGCGCAGCCGGCCAGGCGCGCAGCGACGGCGGCGCCACGUCCGAGACGGCCUCAGUGUCUGACGCGGAGGAGACGGCGCCGCGGCACCGCACCAGCGACUACAGCGGUUCACUCUCAAACCUCCCCGAGGCCGGCGUCGACUCGCUCAGCUCGGACAUGGAGGAGGAGAACCGCAAGAACGCGGCCGUGUCGGCGCUCGACGACGCCGGCUCGUGCCGCAUUGAACAGUGCGCGCCCGAGUCCAAGGUGGACGACUCAGAGUCGGACGAGUCCACGUGUGAAUACGACCUGAUUCCGACUGAGAGCGAGAGCUCUGCGACGGCCGACACCACGCGCUCGGACGACUCGGACAGCUCCGACUCGGAGACGCACGUCAAGCGCACGUACGUGCUCAACGCCAGCUCGUCGGUGGAGGAAAUGCUGGACAGCGGCACCGACUCGCCGCUGACGCUGCUGACGCAGUGGAAGAACUGA